UGCUCUCGUGCUCCUACUGGGACCGGGCCCCCAGAAGACUCAAACAAAUACGCCCAGGCGACCUCAACACCAGAGUUCUACCAAGUCAUGAACGGCAAGCGGAUCUCGUACAGCGACUACGUGGCGGGCAUUGAGGAGUGGCGUGCUAAGAUUAGUGACUACGAUCCUAUUGUGUCAGUCCAAACUUUUGUCCAAGAUAAUAACAUCUUCCCUUAUGAUAAUGCCUUAUUAACUCGGUCUCAUCAUCUAGCCAUGAGUUUCUACGUGAUGGUAAUCAGUUGGCAGCUGGUAUGACGACGGGCACUAUCAAGGUAGACGGGGCCGCCACCGAGUUUGAGAGUUUCAUGUUCGCUAAGGUGGAUACUGAGAGUGGGAAAUUGGAAUGGUUGGUUGAGAGAGCUGUGUGGGGGCCUGUUGGUGGCCUAUUUGAGCAUGGGUUAGCUAAGGGGGUUAUAACUUUGAGGUGGCUUGAGACUAGUCUCGCUUAA